UAAAACGUUUGUUUCCCAAUUGUAAGUUUUCAAAAUGUCAGCUAGGGCUCGCAUGUCUCUGUAUAGUUUUGCAAAUCUGAUAGCGCUCUGUUUCUCCUUCAAUCUCCUGUGCAUGUCGAGUGUUUGCGCCACUUCUCAACCACAACAGAAAGAAAUGUUUCAGGGAGACAAGCUUGUGUUAAGGGGGUUGAUGUUUCAUGGGUACCAUGGGGUGAAGCCAGAAGAGAGAACACUGGGCCAAAAAUUUUUGGUUGAUAUGGAUGCUUGGAUGGAUCUUCGAGCUGCCGGAAAUUCUGACAGCCUAUCAGAUAGCGUUAGCUAUACUGACAUAUACGAUAUCAUUAAGGGUAUUGUCGAAGGAGCUCCUCACAACCUUGUGGAAUCUGUGGCUGAACUUAUUGCAACAUCAGUAUUGAGCAAGUUUUCUCAACUGUCGGCUGUUUGAGUACAGGUAGGAAAGCCACAAGUGGCUGUGAUCGGUCAGAUCGACUACUUGGGCGUCGAGAUUAUUCGACAUCGUCCGAUUAGCGAGCAGAAGUGAAGUUAGCUAUUGUCGACUCUUCUGGUUUGUUUCCUUUCGAUUUUAAAUUGUAUUUUGAUGUAAUAGUUUAUGCUAAAAUAAUGGACUUUUAUGGGAAAUGCUGAAUAUUGUUCUCUUUUAAAAAAUUAUUAGUGUG